AUGGCUAGCUCGCCACUAGGGCUAGAGGAAGGAGGGUCGCGCGGGUACCCGGAGCUGAAAGGGGGCUCCGGACGCCCCGGAGUGGGGCAACUCGGACCUGGGUGCACGCUGGGGCUCGUUUUCCAGUCGCGGCCAGACAUUCUCGCAGGCAUUCAACAAGCUGCCGAUACUCCGGCGCGUACGGUUCUGUUCAACAACAUAGCUGGUUUCGUGUACGAGCGGCUGGCGUCGGCCGAGGCUGGCGAUGGCCCCGCAUCGAAGAGGAGACGCGUAGAGGUCGCACACACGCAAACGAACGGGCAGGCACACAGCAGCAGGGCUUUGCCAGCAGGCUCGCAAACAGCUGAAUGGAGCGCAGACGCUGCCGCUGCGGACCCCAUACUCCUUGAGGUCAAGGACAUAUCGGUCACGGCGCCUCAGCGCAAGAAGUACGACCUUUGCUUCACCAAGAACUUCUUGUAUGCCCGUGCGCCGGGCUCCUUCCUCCCCGUCCAGGGCGUGGUGUACCCAUGGGGGGAUAUCGAACACGCGUUUUAUCUGCCAGUCCCGGACAAAUCCCAAGCGCAGUACAACUAUGUCCUCCUUCCGCGCGACAGCUACCUCCCGACGGCGAAGCUGGCCAACGCCAAUCCGGGCGACAGGCAACAGCCGCUUGAGCCGCUCGUCUUCACCGUCUCGACCACGGCCCCCAAACCCGGCAGCAUCGCUGGCCCGUCGGCCAAGGCGGCCGAGGCGGUUUCGGACACAUACCGCAGUCUCUUCCACUGGGCCCUGACGACGUCGAUGCGCUCGGCGGGCAACCAGUCGUGCCAGCUGAUCGCCUCGGACCCAAAGAUAUUCCAUAGCGAAGCGCGGCAGCCUCACCGCCCCAAUGAGAAAGCGGUGCACGUGAAGGCCUUCCGCGGCAGCAAGGAAGGCUUCUUGUUCUUCCUCCCAACCGGAAUCCUCUGGGGGUUCAAAAAGCCGCUUCUAUUCCUGCCGUUAGAUCGGAUUGUGGCCGUCAGCUACACCAACGUACUCCGGACGACCUUCAACAUGGUAGUGGAGCUCGACACCGACGUCUCUGACGACCGCAGCGGCCCCGUCGAGAAGGAGAUCGAGUUUGGCAUGCUCGACCAGGAAGAUUACCAGCAGAUCGACGAGGCGUACGUCCGCCGCCACGGUCUGGCUAACCGCAGCAUGGCGGAGCAGCGGAAGGCGAAACGCGAGCUGGUCGAGAGCAGCAAAAAGGCGGCUGCCGCCGGCGAGGCCGCCGGCGAGGAUGAGGGUGGUGCAGACGGCAUGACGGAGCUGGAGCGGGCCCAACGCGAGGCUGAGCAGCGUCUGCAGGACGAGGAGGACGAGAUGGAGGAGGACUAUGACCCGGGAAGCGAGGGCGAAAGCGAAGGUGAAGGAGGCUCAAGCGAGGAUGAGGAGGAGGGGGAGGAGGAUGGAGCCCAAGGUGAUUACGAUGAAGACGAAGAGGAGGAAGCUCAAGGGGAGGGCGUCGAGGACUAG